AUGGCUCCAUCACUCUUUAAGACUGUCGGCACUGCUGCUGCUAUUCUAGCUGCCCGUGCUGGUGCGACUGAGUCGUACCAAGUUACCGAAGUUUAUAACUCGACUAACUUUCUUGAUAAAUUCGACUUCUUCACCGGAACUGACCCGACCGGUGGCUACGUUCAAUACCAGAAUCAGGCUAGUGCGCAGGACCUCGGCCUGAUCAAGGUGCAAGAUGAUGAGAUAUACCUUGGUGUAGAUCAGGCUGACGGCUAUCAACCUAACGGUGGUGGGCGAAAGAGUGUUAGGUUGGAAAGUAAGAAAAUCUACGACAAGGGUUUAGUUAUCGCCGAGUUUUCUCACCUCCCUAAGCCCGUCUGUGGAUCAUGGCCCGCAUUCUGGUUCUUUGGUGACCCGUGGCCGACCAAGGGUGAGAUCGAUCUCUAUGAGAACUGGAACGAUCUCAAAUUCAACCGACACACUUCCCACGUUGACAAGCCUGACGUUGUUGGGGAUUGUGUGCUUGUCGCAGAUGACAUGACGGCGAAGAUCGACUCUCCCAACUGCUACGACUUCGCUGAAGGACAGGCAAACUUCCAAGGUUGCUCCGCUUCCGAGUUCUCCUCUACCUUCGGAUCUGCCGAUGGAGGUAUCUUCGCCAUGGAAUGGACAGAUGACUUCCUUAAGAUUUGGGAUUGGCCCCGUAACGAAGUCCCCGAGGACAUUUCAAGCGGCCAGCCGUCUCCCAGUGAUAAAUGGGGCAAGCCAUCCUACGUGAUCAGCAACUGCAACGUCGACAAGGCCUUCAAGGAGAUGAAGAUGGUAUUGAACAUCAACUUCUGUGGUGUUGCUGGCCAGACUGGUCAGUGGGAUACCGGCUGCGCGGCCUCGACUGGAUUCGGUACCUGCCCUGAGUAUGUUGCCGCGAAGGGCGGUGACUUCGAGUCUACCAACUUCAAGGUAAAGGAUAUCAAGAUUUACGAGCUUAAGGAGGGCGAGGCUCCCAAGCCGUCGACGUCAUCCACCGUGCCCAGCACAUCUGCCGCACCUAGCUCCUCUUCGGCCGCUCCCACCGUUUCGACUACCUCCGAGGCGCCGGCCAGCUCUAGCGAGUCCCCAAAGACGACCUCCUCUGCUUCGGAAAGCAAGCCGACAUCAUCAGUCCCGGAGGACGACGAUUCUUGCACCGACAAGAACGGCGAAACAUCGACCGCGAGCGUGUCUGCCACCCCCACUACCAAGGAACCGGAAAUGACCACCUCGACCAUCUACUCGACUGAUAUCCACACAAUUACAUCGUGCGCUGACACAGUGACCAACUGCCCGGCUAAGGGUUACGUGACUACCAAGAUCAUUUCUGUCGGAACUACUGUCUGCCCUGUAACCAAGUCGGAGGCCGCUAAGACUGAGUCGACCCCGGCGCCGACGUCGACUUCCAGCGCCCCCUACACACACACUACUAGCGUAAUCGAGAUCACGAACGUCUACACGAUCACCUCGUGCGCACCCACCGUCACCAACUGCCCCGUCGGCGCCGUCACCAGCGAGGUUACCGUAACGACGACCGUGUGUCCCGUCAGCGAGGGAAGCUCAAGCGCCAGCUCGACGCUUAGCGCUCCCAGCGCACCCGCGGAGAGCACCAGCUCGGAGGAGAAAAAGAAGUCGAAGACCAAGACCUCGGCCACGGAGACGGUCGCGACCGACACCCAGACCCCGGCCUCGACCCCGACCCCGGAGCCCACGACAUCCAGCAGCAGCAAGGUUCCGUCGUCGGAAACCGAGACGCCUACCGGCAACGGAGGAUACCCCGUCGUCACCCCGAGCACGCCUCCUUCCAGCACCAUCAACCUCGGCUACAACGGAACCAUAACCACGUCGUAUACCGCCCCCGGCAGCGCGGCCUCGACCGGCUUCGCAGGCUGCACGGGACCCAACUGUGUUAUCCCCGUCGCCGGCGGCGUCAAAACAAGCGCUAGCUUUACGCUUAUGGGCAUGGCGGCGUUCUUCUUCCUCGUCAUAUAG